CUCAUUUGCUGUUUCAUUCACGUACAUAACGUCUCCAUACAAGUCUCACACACAAACCCACACCACCUUCCCUCUUAAAAUAUAAAACUCCUGCUCUGCACUUGCAUUUGCACUCCUUUCUCUCUCCUCCAUUACCACAAACAAACCGCCAUUUUUCUACCUCUGCUUUUCCAAUACUCCUCCUUUUUUCCUCAUCUGCCGCUUCUUCAUCUCUUCUCUACUCAUUUAUUAUUCUUCUGUAAAUUGUUGCUUAUUCACUUCUUGUCUCUUCAAUUUUUCCAACAACUUUUUACUUUUUUUGGAUGUUUUUUGCAGUUAUGCUGUUGUUCAUUUGAUGAAAUCAAUCUUUUAUCACUCUUCAAAAUUCGUCUCUCACUAAUCAAGAUGAUUCGCGCAAUUCUAUCUAAGACGUGAUUUUGAUUUUAUAUAGAUCUUGUAAUCUGAAUACAUAUUUGUUUAGAUUCUUAAAACAAGUCUCAACGUCGAAGAUUUUCGAUCCUGGUUGAUCUAAACAUGAUUCGUGCUAUAUUAUCUAAGACGUGAUCACAUUUUCCUCCGAUAUUUUAUCAGGUGCAAAAGAAACGAAAAGAAAAAACCAUUGAUUUUCUGUCUCAAUCUCCUCCCGUGAGUUAGAAAAGGAAAAAAAGAAAAAGAAAGAUGCCUCAUAGAGCCACAUACAUUUUCCCACGGCAAUUCCCUGAUACUCGGGGAAGUUUCCAACCAGUUGCGCCAUCAUCAUCAACAACAACAAAGACAGCAACAGAAAAUGGAAUAGCAGAUUAUCACGAGAAGAAGCGGUUGAUCAACAAAGAAUAUGACGUUAUCAAAGGCUGUUGCUCGUCUUCAAAUGAAAGUGAUGCUUACGCUAAAGAGUUGUUAGUGAAGAAAUUCACGGGAAACAACUUUAAUAACAACAACAACAGCACAACAUUGGAUAAGAGUAACAAUAAUAACAACAAGUUGGCCGCGUUUUACAGCUGGAUUGCGGCUAACAAUAAUAAGAAUAAGAAGAAUAAUGAUAAGAAGAGGUAUGACGAGCAAGAGCUACUAUUGCCGGCGGUGGAGGUGGAGGUUGAGGAUGAUCAGAAGAGUUGUGGGUUGUACCGAGGUUCGUCGUUGGCCCGGCUUUCGAGCUAUGGGAGUAGCUAUGGUGGUGGGAGUUUUUUCUCAAGUGAAGUGCAGGAAACCAGGUCAACUGUGCGGAGCUCGAUCAUGGAGGUUGAGGAGAGAGAAAAGGAGAAGCAGCAAAUAAGUUUGGCGGAUAAAGCAAGGGAGAGUUAUUAUAUGCAGUUAACUUUAACAAAGAGGCUUGCUUCUCAUGCAAAUCUUGGCAAUGAACAACCUACUAUGUUUUUGUUUGAGAGUGGGUUGGAGGGCCAUGGGUCGGGUUCUGAUCCUGAGGCCUUGUCUUAUCGGUUAUGGGUCAAUGGGAGUUUAUCAUAUACUGAUAAGAUAUCGGAUGGCUUUUACAACAUAUUGGGGAUGAAUCCUCAUGUUUGGGUGAUGUGCAAUGACAUCGAGGAAGCUAAAGCGAUUCCUUCUUUGAUGUCUCUGAAAGCUGUUUCACCUCAUGAUACAUCAAUGGAGGUAGUAAUUGCUGAUAAGAAUGGUGAUUCUAGACUCAGGGAGUUGCAGGAUAAAGCACAAGAAUUAUCCAGGACUUCACAGAAUGCAUUGGUGUUAGUGGAGCAGCUUGGCAAACUUGUCUCCAUUCACAUGGGGGGUAGUUUUCCGGUGGAACAAGGUGAUCUCCACAUGCGCUGGAAAGUGGUUAGCAAGCGAUUGAAGGAGCUUCACAAGUGUAUAGUUCUGCCAAUCGGUAGUCUGUCUUCAGGGCUUUGCAGGCAUCGUGCUAUACUUUUUAAGAAAUUAGCAGACUACGUAGGGUUGCCAUGCAGGAUCGCUCAAGGUUGUAGGUUUUGUGCUGCAGAUCAUCAGUCAUCAUGCCUUGUUAUGAUUAAAGAUGACAGGCAGUUGCCAAGGGAAUAUGUUGUUGAUUUGCUUUGUGAGCCAGGAAGUCUCCACAGUCCAGAUUCAUCAAUAAAUGGAGGUCUGCUUACAUCAGUGUCUUCACCAUUUCAGAUUUCUCGCCUCAAAGAAUUUGGGCAAUCUUUUGUUUACAAUACCCCAUGUAACCAAAUAUCUGUCUCAAAACACACAUGUGCUUCUCUUGGUCCUCUAAGUCAUGGAAGCUAUGAAGGAGGUUACGGGGAAAGUGGCUUUCUGAAGGAAGAGAAAAGCAAUGUCUACAAUCCUCUUGAUAAGGGUUGUAGAGGAAAUAAAUCUUCUGUGGUGCCCUUGGUAUCAGAAAAUUCUGAGCAUCCAGUCAAUCAGAGGUCUGAUUUGCUUGCUAUCCAAACAGUCCCUGAAGUUUUGGCCGGCUCUGCAGCAGUACCAGUAACAAGCCUUAGUGUGGAAGAAUAUAUACAACAGAGUUACAGGAAUGAAAUGGGUCUUUCUGGUACACCUAUUGGAAAUGCUGUGCAGCGGCCUAGACUUGAGAAUAUUCAACCUGGAGUCGAGGAGAUUAAUGGUCAACAAUGCAUGUUUCCCACUUCAGAUAUUCCCAGAUACUUGGACCUUGAACCUUCUCUAGCUAUGGAUUGGAUGGAGAUUUCUUGGGAUGAUUUGUAUCUCAAAGAGCGUGUGGGUGCUGGUUCCUUUGGGACCGUGCAUCGCGCUGAAUGGCAUGGAUCGGAUGUUGCAGUAAAGGUCUUAACUGUCCAAGAUUUUGUUGAUGAUCAAUUGAAGGAGUUUCUCCGUGAGGUUGCAAUAAUGAAACGUGUCCGUCAUCCCAAUGUGGUUCUCUUUAUGGGUGCCGUAACCAAGCGUCCUCACCUAUCCAUAGUAACAGAAUAUCUUCCCAGAGGUAGCCUAUACCGCCUCUUGCACAGACCGGCUUCAGGUGAAGUGUUGGAUCAAAGAAGGCGAUUACGCAUGGCACUGGAUGUGGCUAAAGGGAUCAAUUAUCUGCACUGUCUUACCCCUCCUGUGGUGCACUGGGAUCUGAAAUCUCCGAACUUGCUGGUUGAUAAAAAUUGGACAGUGAAAGUAUGUGAUUUUGGAUUGUCCAGAUUCAAAGCGCACACAUUCAUUUCCUCGAAGUCUGUUGCUGGAACUCCUGAGUGGAUGGCCCCUGAGUUCUUACGUGGAGAACCUUCGAAUGAGAAAUCAGAUGUUUACAGUUUUGGAGUAAUCUUAUGGGAGCUGGUGACGAUGCAACAACCAUGGAGUGGACUUAGCCCUGCUCAGGUGGUCGGAGCUGUUGCUUUUCAGAAUAGGAGGCUGACUAUCCCAGCAAAUACCUCUCCUUUGUUGGCUUCCCUCAUGGAAGCAUGCUGGGCAGAUGAUCCGGCUCAGCGACCAUCAUUCAAGAAAAUAGUCGAAACCUUAAAGAAACUCCUGAAAUCUCCUGCACAGCUUAUUAAAAUGGCUGAACCAUGAAGGCAUAUUUGAAAAAUGGAUUAAAGUUUUCAGUUCAGCUAAUACUUUAUUCGAUUUCACAAUCUAAAUAAUCUCCAUUAAUGCUUGGGGUAACUCGGAACUCUCUUUUAUUUGCUUUAAAUCUUGUUAGCUCAUUAUGUGUGGCUUGUUCAAAUCAAGCUCAUAGGCGAACCAAUCUAAGUGUAAAUGCCGGAGAAUUGUGACUAAUGGAUGACUUUGUAGCGUCUAUAUAGGUGAUAGUUUAUUCAUGGAUCCCCGAAUAUUUAUAGGGUGACGAACUAGAAAUUCUAUGGUUACUUGCAGUGGUACAUUUGAGACAUUGAAAUCGUAAUGCAAGAUUUAUGUAAUAAAAGCUUUUCUCUUUCAAUAUCUAUAA